AUGGUUGGUAUCAAGUCGCUCGUCGUCGCUGUUGUUGGCAUCGUUGGCGCUCUGGCCGCCGCUGAACCGGCCAACGUCGAAGUCGAAGCUCGUGCCCCCGAGCCGAAUAGUGAGCUUGUCACUCGCUCUACCCCGAGCUCUACGGGAUACAACAACGGUUACUAUUAUUCGUUCUGGACUGAUGGUGCCGGAAACGUCAACUACUCCAAUGGCUCGGGUGGAACCUACAGCGUAACGUGGUCUGGAAACGGUAACUGGGUUGGCGGUAAAGGGUGGAACCCUGGAUCGGCUCGUACCAUCUCGUACACGGCGGACUAUAGGCCAAAUGGCAACAGCUACCUCUCGGUAUACGGUUGGACGACGAACCCACUCAUCGAGUAUUACAUCGUCGAAAACUUUGGCACCUACAACCCUUCCUCGGGUGCUACGAAGAGGGGUACCGUCACCACUGACGGGUCGAACUAUGAUAUCCUUACGGCUACUCGCAACAAUGCCCCUUCGAUUGAGGGGACAAAGACGUUUACCCAGUUCUGGAGCGUCCGACAGAGCAAGCGCUCGAGUGGAUCGGUCACGACGGCCAACCACUUCAACGCAUGGAAAAAGUACAACAUGAAUCUUGGUACUCACAACUACCAGAUUCUUGCCACCGAGGGAUACUAUAGCAGUGGAAGCGCGACGGUGACUGUCAAGUAG